AAAUGCAAGAACAAGCAAAACAAAAGCUUCAUGGGCAGCACAUUUCUGACCCAAUAGACUGCACCACAUAAAGUGAAAUCACACAAUAAGAGGCAGCGCCACCAAACCAGUUCUCCUUAAACAGAGCAAGAAUGAAUGCCUGGAGGCUUUGGUUUCCCUUCUGCAGAUACUGGGUAACAUGUUCCAUGCCUACAAAGCUGUGGUGACCUGAAGCCUGCCACCCUUUUUAUCUUGGAACAGACAUAGUUUAACCCAAUGUUUGCAGAAUAGAAAGAGAUGAAUGGUGCGGAAAUAAAGGUUGCACUGUACAUUUCUGCAAUAAGAUUGCCAUGGAUGGUGGAGGAGGGUAAUUGUUUUGGUUGUCAGUGAGGCUGCUGCAGAGGGACUGGCAAGCUAACUAUGUUCAUGCAUUGUAACUGAACACCUCCACCUUGUUUUUUUUUCCAGGAUGUUGAAACACAAUAGCUGCAACACCCUCAGUUGUCAACCUGCACAACCAUGCUCAUCCCAGACUAAAGAACUCCUUCUACCCCCUUUCUUUUUACCCUUACUUACUCUCCUGUCUUCUCGCAUAAAAAACGAGGUAAAGCAUUUUCUCAUGUCAUCCUACUUGGUUUUGUUUCUUCCUCACAGUCUUUGAAGAGCUAACCUCUGUUUACACUACACAUGUUAAUUCAUAUCCCAUGAAGGAAGAGGUCAGAGGUUAUCUCCAUAAUGACAAGGUGUAAACAAAGCUAUCUGCACACUCACAUGCUCUCCUGACACUGGCAGCGGUGGUGUAUUGUUUCUGUUGUGUUUACAUGCGUCCUGUCACUGCUUCACGCAGCUUAAACGGGGAACUCCUAGCAACUGUCGGGGCCCCACAUACAGACAGGUACAUGACACCAAAACAAAUGCACGUAUACGUGCCGACACUGGGGUCACAGUCAGGUGUCAGCUUACAAGGAAACCCCAGAAAGUGUUAAAAAAUUAAUAUCAUCACCAACAUUCUGUAACACCUUCCCCUCUGGCUGAAGUCAAGCACUCACAGGGCUGAAAUUCUACAACUAAACAGCCUCCGAGAUAAGGUGCUAUUGUGUAGCUCUGCCCUCCUACAGGUGUGGGUCAUUACAGUGAAUGUCUCCAUGGAAAAACCUGAAGCCACUGUUUAGACACAAUCCAUGAUAGACAUGGGCAACAAUAGACACACUUAGACACACAUACACAGUGUUAUGGCUUGUACAUGACCUUUGAUUCACAUUUGACACACUUAAUCCUCUUUUCUGGUCACAAACACAUAGAACAUGCUGUUAUUUCUCAAAUACAAAGACCUUUUUUUUUAUCUGUUUACAGCCGAAAGCUAAUUUGCAGUGCCGUUACUAGAUGGCUCUUUGAAAUGUCUAAAACGUAACAAUAAAAUACAUACAGAACAGAACAAAAGACAAUGAGAAAAGACUCAUAAAACAACACAGGACACACACAAUACACAACACACAAUGUUUAUACCAUUUAUGUAAAAUAAUGGACAUUCUUCACCAAGCAUUGUAUGCAUUUUGUGUACUGCACUGGAAGAUAUGACACAGAAUACUGCAAAGUCCACCAAAUAAGUAUUUUAAAAGACAACUGCUGUCUUCGUUUUACUUUUUUCCUAACUUUUUCUUCUAUUAUUGUGUGCAAAAAAAUGCUUUAGAGUCAGCAAUCAGAGAUACAUAAAAUAUAUUAAACGUGUGUAUUGGGCAUGCCAUAUUGAUGUUUGUACAUGAAAAUAGUGAAUAUGACUGGAUAGUCCUUAAAAGAUAAUGAUAUCGGAGCAUUUAAUAAUAAUAAUAAUAGCUUUAUUUAUAAAGCGCUUUCCGUUAAAGUGCCGUACACAGAAAUAAAAACAAUAAAAAGAGAUGAAUAAAAACAAUAAAAACAGUGAAAACAGUGAAAACAGAAAACUGAAUCUACAGUUUCUUUGCAAAUCAAAUCAGCAUCUACAUUUCCAUUCCACUUAAUUAUUUGCUGUGGCUCCAUUUAGAAUUUGUAACUAAACCAAUAUAUUAAAAAAGACUUCAGAUUCAGAGAACAGCAUUAAGAGGCUGUCUAAUUUUAACAAUAAAUACAUUUUUUUCCCAUUUAACUGUUCGAUUUAUGUCAUUCAUUAUGACAACAGAUUUUGCAGAUUUUAGCUUCUGACUCCUUUUAAAACCUGUACCAUCUAAGAACAAAAGAAAGACAAUACCCUGCUAUUAUGUUGUGUUACAGUGCAUUUAGCAGGCUUGUUUUGAAGGAACAUUGUUUGCACUGUUGGGUGUGUGUGUCUGUAUCUGUGUGUGUCCCUGUGUGUGUUGUCGUGCAGUGUUUCGGGUGGGGUCUCGUCAAACACACUCUUUUGUAUUCUCUUUUGUAUUCUUUCAGAUGUGAUUCAUAUUGAGCUGUUCUGUCUCAUUUUGAAACAAGCCGGUUUGUUUACAGAGAAAAACAAAAGUUUUAAACACAUUUUUGGUAAGUUAUCCACUGAUGAAACAAUAUGCAUAAACUAAACACUUUUGGAUAAUUAGUAGCAUAAUUUGUGAAUAUAAUUACGUUCCCAACACGGUGUUGAUGUACAGGAUCACGCUGUUGUGGCCUCAGGAUAAAUCAAUGCAUUGUCUUAUGUUAAUGCCAGAUUUUCUUGACUGAUCUUCAUAUAAUCAGACAAGCUUUGUGCUGUGGCAUUUAGGAUGAUUGUGCAAUUACUGCCAUUCUUUAUUGAUCAAAGAUGGAGGAGGAAUUCAGCUCAUGACACCCCUCCCAGCUCAGCCCAGUUUAUCUGAGCUCUGAAUCAGUCAAUAUGAAGCUAGGAGUGGCUGGACUGAUAAAAACAUGAGUCCAGCAAGGCGUGACGCCACAGCUGGACUCAAACCCUGACACGGUGACUUUACUUUCAUUACACAUGAAAACAUUGUUGUGAUACGCUUGGCAAGAACAGUUAAAGACCAGUGUAACCUAUUAAGGCGACAGGCUGCUCUUGUAGAGAACGUAUGAGAGCAAAAGUAAAUAGAUAGAUAGAUGUACAGAUAAAAUUAUAUUCAUCCUUUUGGUGAAACUGUAGGUAUCCAGUAGCACAUACAUGUUAAAAUUAAGAAAAAUAAGAAAACCAAUGUGCAAAAGAAGGCGAAAUAAUGUGAAAAUCGUGCUGGUACGAGAUCGUCCGUCUAUUAUCUGAAUAUUUUUAAGCUGAAAAUGUUCAAAAAGACAUAAUGUGAGCUGAAAUAAAUGUUUGCAUAUAUUCCAGAUUCAUCAUGUGUGUUUGUGUUUGUGUCAGAUAAGGUGUCCUUACAAUUACAGUCAAUAAUUUAAGGUUUGUAGCUGUAAUGAAGAAAGAAAAAGUCUGCCACCAAGUGGUCAAAUAGGGAAAUAUCUGUUUUCUUGUGUGGAUGCUCAAACGUGUGAUCUGAAUUCUUAGCACUUCAGACUACUAAAAUCAUCACAACUAUCUGUGUCUGACAAACAAAUCACUCUAGUACAAAUAAUUAGGAUGCAGUUCAGACCGUCUGCUUGUAGUUGUGUGUUUCACAGUGCUCAAUAUUCAUGAAAAAGAGGGACAUUCAUCAGCGUGUGCAAGCUGCUGUGAAGGAAUGUUUGACAGGGUACCAAGAAUUUUCCAGUGAAACACAAGGGAGUGAGUGAGACAGAGUUUUUCAUUUUUUAGAAGUUGAUACCAAACCUCUAUGAUCUUUACAGGGUCGGGAAGCUAAAUCCAAUCACUGAGGAGGGAACUGUGUAAAAACAAAUCAGCCCAGGACAGAAGAUGAGGGGUGUGGAGGUGAAAACAAGAUUGCUCUUUGUCUGUUGAUUUAGGGGCAUAUGAGGGCAGCAGUAGGGUGGUGUAGUAGGCUCUGUGGAGAUGAAGAAAAAGAUAUGAGGAGUAAAGAGAGAGAACUUACGACUUUACAAAACCUAAGGAGCUUGCAGGAUACAAAUACAUAAAGGCAUCCCAAAACACUGCUGUGAUGUCUUUUCCUUCAUUUUUCCUGUCAGCCUGUGCAUUAUGUUUACUGACAGUGACUUAAUGUUUUGUAUUGUAUUCCAAGAGUAAUGUAACAUCAGCCUGAAAAUCAGUGUUUUACUGGUCUCUCUGGUUCAGAGCUUCAAAUGUGAUGCACCUCUGUUGGGUGCACCUUUAAAUUACUCUAGUAUUUCUCUACUAUUUUAAAAAAUACUAGAGAUGUGUUCAUCUGCUGGAAGAUUGUUCUUUAAAGCUAUGCUAUGACAUAUUGGGAAAUGCAUUUGAUUAUCUUGAAGCAUAAAGUUACAGCCUACAGCUCAGGACAAAGAAAGGAAACAGAAAAACAAUCUGCCUGGUUCUGUGUGAACAAAACCCCCAGCAGUCCUGGGUUUUAUGGACGAUUAUGUGCAAAACAGUCUUUUAAUGCAUCACUUCCUCGCUCUUGUCGACACCAUAAUCUUACUGUGUUCAGAAGCUGAUUAUGUUACCUUUGAGUGGAGGUCUGCUGUAGCUUCAUAUUUAAGCAGCCAAAUAUAAAAGUGUUUUUGUCUUGUCAUCUGACUGUAGAAAAAGCAGCGUGAUUUUCAAAAUGUAAAACUAUUGCUUUGAGUGAUAAUGCCAUUGUGACUGUAAGAAAAUUAAUCAUGCAAAAUUCUCUUAAUAGGAAGUGUCCAUAUCAGCCCAGGCAAAACUCAGUAAACAAAUAUGACGAGUAAAGCACGUGACACAGUAGUAUAACCUAACCUAACCUACCUCGCUUUGCAUCCUCUGCAUAAAUACAUCAAUCUCUGUCUCUUUUACAUCUCAAGCGAUCACUUUUGACCUACUUGCAUAUGUAAAUAAAUGUAGACUUCACCACAAACAAACGCUUUCUCUCUUGUAGAAAAGGUCAUCGCCCUUGUGUAACCUACUUUAAGUGCAUUAGAAACAUCAGAGAAAGUGUGGCAAGAGAAGCUGUUUUUGUACUCCGUCCGACUACAUGAGAUGUGUCUACGCUGCCAGCAGUUCGCUUGCCAAAGUCAUUAGCUGCUAAUUCUGCAGGGUCUAGAUUUUCAUUGAUAAGAUCCCAAACAAAAAAACUGUCUAUGGCCUUAAUUGUGCCUGUGAGCAUGGUGGCAGAAUAGUCAUACAGAGUGGCCGGUUGCUAAGCAAGUCCCUAUCUUAGUGUCUCACUCUCAGCCUUACUUGAUACACAUUCACUGCAGCUUCAAGAUCUCCCCCACAUGAAUGGGGUUAACGUAAGGCAAUACACCUCCAUCCAUCCAAGUCAUCUUUGGUCCUCUCUCUGCUCGGCUGCACCGGCUGAGUAAGUUAACUCUUCCUUAUCCCUGGCUCUAUAGAGUGCGGAUGGAGGUUGAGGGCAGGGCCGGUGCCAGUGUUAAAUGAAUGGACAGGUGAGCAGCGCCCAGGUCCUCUGUGGCCAAGCUGGGCACUGUAAACUGACCGCCGCUGUUGUGUGUGGUCUGAAUGGAGCUGAGAGACGAUGUUGUUGGGGUCAGGCAUGGAGAAGCCCACAGGAACCCGUCUCUCUCUCAGGACUCAGCUGCGUAUCUGACUCUCCAUCUGUUCGUCUUUUACGGAGGGGCAACUCAGGGACACUUUACCUGAGCUGCUGGGAAAAAGGAAGAAGAGGAGUGUGUAAAUGCAGGAUAGGAGAUAAAGAAAAGUGUAUGUGAGAGAAUAAAAAUGGUUUAAAUGAACACAAGCCUCUCCUUUUUUUUGUAGCUCUAUCCUCAUCCCUCCAUCGACUCUCUUUGUUUCCUAAAUUUCAUUUCCCUUCUUCCUGCUCACUCAUAGCUGGUCAUAGAUCUGUCUGAGGACGUGAGGUCUUUGGCAACUGAGGCAUGUCCACUGCUCAAACCUUCAUUGUCACAGGCAAGACGAGAGUUUCGACUAGACAGCUCCCAGAAAAUCACUUUUCUACAAAAACCUGAUGCUAUCUUGUUACAGCGUAAGAAUGAAUCAUUGUCCGGCCACACAGUAUGAAUCAUAGUUAACAAAUGUUGCUGCCAGCAGCCUUUAGGGGCUCAUGUGAGGAAAAGUCGGUCACAGUGAUCAGGCAAGCAUUGCAAUUGCUCCGAUUUAAAGGAGAUAAGCUGGUCCCUUCGACAAACAGCUCAGGUUUAGCAGCUGUUGAGUGAUUAUCAGUGCUCUUUAGGCUAAAGCUUUCCUUUGGAUGCCCACCAAGUACCGGUAGAUUCUAAAUACUGAACUCCUUGUGCUAUGUGCCAAUUUACUGAUCGAGUUUUAAGUCUUUUUAAUUAAUCGUUGUAGACAUUGUCAUCUCGGUCAACUUGCAGGAUUCUACAUAGAGCUAUACAAUAAAAGGCCAAAAACAAAAACUGCCCUUGCAGCUACUUGCAGAGUGUCGUCCAAACCCAAGCUUGAAAAAAAAGGCCGCUGUAGUGCUCUGGCCUCUGUCACAGACUCCUCUUUGCUUGGCUUUGUCCCACCGUAAGAGCUUGGGUAGUAGGCUGGAUGUUGGAGGAAUGCCCCCCAUAUCAGGUGGCCCAUUGCCCCACGGCCUUUGCUCCUUGCCUAGCUCGCAGCGAGGGAGUGCUCCUGCCGGGCGCUGUAUCCCGUGUCACAAAAGCACCUUUCUACACAACGGGGCUAAAGAGAAUGGGCCACAGCACAGUGGUUCUCCUUGGGUCAGCUCCAGCCCGCCAUAGUGGGAUUUCAGACCUCCCCCUGUGCUUCCAGCGAAUACCCUCAUUGGUGGGGAUGUUCUUUCACCCAAGGCUGGCAGAGAUAUCAGAGAGACCUGGAGCUCCUGGUGCUGCCUCCAAGACAUCGCAAGAGCGGAUAAAUGACCGUACUACUUAUGCAUAACUGGAUCCCAGUCAACCAUGAGGAUUAUCUCCUGUCACUCAACUCUUGUGGUUGUUGUUGUGGUUACGCUCACUGCAGUCUCCUGCACUGAAGCCAAGACGACACAGAAACCAAAGUACCAGUACACCAAGAAGCCCGUGUCUCAGAUCACCAUGCACAGCCCCAUCACGACCAGCAUGCCAAAGACUCUCAAGAUUGUACCGACCGCAAAUCCAUUGCCACCGCACAGGGAGCCCACCACAGAGAGGACCACGUACCCAAGUCAUGUCUUUCCACAGUACUACAGUGAGGGCACUGAGCCCCCUGGUGCCGGCCCUGAGAACUACACCCUGGACUACAACGAGUGUUACUUUAACUUCUGCGAGUGCUGUCCACCUGAGAGGGGCCCCAGGGGUCCAAAAGGAGACAGAGGCUUGGCAGGUCCACCAGGUGAUAGAGGCCUGGCAGGAGUAGCUGGUUUACCCGGCCCACCUGGUGUGAGUGGUCUGAUGGGGUUCAAAGGAGACAGAGGUGAUAAAGGUGACAGAGGAAACAGUGGGACCAGUGGGCCACCAGGAAUUCCAGGAAAGCCAGGACAAAAAGGUGAUGUUGGCUACAAAGGUGCAAAAGGUGAAACAGGGUUGCCAGGUUUCAAAGGUGAUAGUGGGGAGAAAGGAGAACCUGGCCAAAAUGGGACUGCUGGUGAGAAAGGAGAACCAGGAAAAGAGGGGCCAACUGGACCUCCAGGACUGGCUGUUCAGCAAGGGCCUAAAGGAGACAAGGGGGAUAAAGGGGAGUGUGGCUCAUUUGGGGAGAGAGGACAGAAAGGUGAGCGAGGGGAUCCUGGGUCUCCUGGCAUCCCAGGAGGGAUGGGUAUUCCAGGGUUGAAUGGCAAGCAUGGUGCCCCAGGGCCUAUGGGGAUCCGAGGAGAUCAGGGACCUCCUGGACCUCCAGGAGAACCAGGGGUCAGAGGGCUUCAGGGACCACAAGGUAUAAGAGGGAUGCCUGGACCUAAAGGGGAUCGAGGUUACCCUGGCAUGAGAGGUGAUCGGGGCAUUCGAGGAUUCAAAGGAGCUAAAGGAUCAGGGGUUCCCCAGAAACGCUCCGCCUUCAGUGUAGGCAUCUCUCCAAGAAAGUCCUUCCCUCCUUCUGGCUUCCCGAUCCGCUUCGACAAAGUCUUCUACAAUGAAGAGAACCACUUCAACGUCACUUCCAACAGCUUCACAUGCGUCCACCCUGGGGUUUAUGUCUUCUCCUUCCACAUCACGGUACGUAACCAGCCUCUGCGAGCCACACUGGUGGUGAACGGGUCACGGCGAGUGAGGACGCGGGACUCUCUGUACGGUCAAGACAUCGACCAGGCGUCCACUCUGGUGGUGCUCUGGCUGGCUGCAGGUGAUCAGGUGUGGAUGGAGACGCUCAGAGACUGGAAUGGGGUGUAUGCCAGCAGUGAGGAUGACAGCAUCUUCUCUGGGUUUCUGCUUUACUCAGACAAGGCCUGAUGCCCAGUAAUGCUGCAUUGACAAUUUCUUCUUCUACUGUGCAGAUUCAGUUUAUAUUGAAGAAAAGGCCAAAUACUGGUGGUGCUACACUUUGCUUGUGAGCUGCUCAGAAGCUGCCCUGUACAUUUUGUAUUAUCUCCUAACCUCUUGUUUUACCCAUUACUUUUUGAAUAAAAAUAAGACUCUUGUGUUAUUGA